AUGCAACCGCCGCCGAGGAAGAGUAAUUAUACGAAAUUUUUGAAGAAUCUUCAUGCAGAGCAAAUUGCAAAGCUUCAUGCAAAGAAUCAGCAUGAAUGUGAUUUACUUGAAGAUCUCCGCACUUACACCAUCAAACGCUCGGCUAUUGAAAAAUCAUAUUCAGAAGCUUUGCUGAAAAUUUCAUCGGCCUAUUUGAAUAAGAAAAUACCUAAUAUUCCUGAUCUAAAGGUGGAUGGAGCUGAGGAAAAAUGGAAUAUGUGGAACGUCUGGCGUACUGUGCUAGAGGAAAAUGAGAAGCUGGCCCGGGCGAGAUUAGCUGCUGUCGAGGUGUUCCAACAACAGAUCGCCGACGAAGCCAAGAUCUUACGGCAGCAUAAGCUUAAUGUCGCCAAAAAGUGCACCGACUCGCUGGCUCAAGCACACAAAGAACUGCAAUUAACUGUACUGGACGUGGAUAAAACAAAAAAACUGUAUUUCGACGAGGAGCAUACCGCUCACGAUGUAAGAGACAAGGCCAAGGAUAUCGAAGAAAAAUUGAAAAAGAAGAAAGGUUCAUUUUUUCAAUCUAUAACUUCGUUACAAAAGAAUAGUGCGAAGGUUUCAUCUCGUCGAGACCAACUGGAAGAAAAGUCAACUGGUGCGAGAAAUGAUUAUCUUCUGAGUAUUGCCGCUGCGAAUGCGCACCAAAACCGAUACUUUUUGGUUGAAUUACAAACAUGCAUGCAAAGUAUGGAGUCAGCAGUCUACGAAAAAGUUUCUGAAUUUCUCACCUUAAUGGGACGCACUGAACUACUCACUUGUUCAGCAACUCAACACUCCUUUGGAAAGAUCAGAGAUCAAGCUCAACAACUCACCCGUGAAUACAAUCUGCAGUGUCUUUAUCUAUAUUACCCGGUACUCAAACAACACAUUCAGUAUGAAUUUGAGCCCUGCGACAACGAUCCAGUUGAUACGGUUACCAUGGAGCACGAAUCCGUAUCACAAACUUUAGCGCAAGAAGCUCGUAGAUGGGCCACACGAGUUGUCAGAGAGACAGCUCUGGUUCGAGAUGCUACGCGAAAAUUACAUCUUUAUCAAGCGAUGCGUGACGCAGGACAAAAAGUUGAUCCCAACGAUCCUAAUGGUCCAGAACUAGACGUUCGCAUGGAUGAAUUGAGGUCUAAUAUUCGACGUUCAGAAACGUCUAAAGCAAAGUAUGAAGCUAGAUUGGAAUGUCUAAGAGCUAGCGGCGCCGCUGUAGAUGAAUGGUUGAAAGAAAUUGAUUUACUUGCUGUACAAGAAACUUUACCGCGUAGCAGCAGCCUACUGAGUGUUCGUACUGAUGCAUCCGGGGCAGCUGACCAACCAAGUUCUGACUCAUUCUAUGAUAGUGAUAACACCGAAGGAGAGGCGCCAACAACAUCAGCUGUGGCUAGUACCUCCGGAGGUCAUCAGCGAACGAUAUCUGGUUCUCAAAAUGAAGAUGAACAGGAUGAGGAUGUCGAUGCUGCACUGGAAGAAGACCGUAUGCGUAUAGAACAACUAACAGUUGGGUGGGAUGAUCCAACACAGGUUAGCUGGGGUGAAUCAGAAGCUGAAUCUACUCCCCCACAAACUUCAGAACCACCUGCUCCUUCACUAUAUAAGUGCACAGCCUUGUAUUCUUACACUGCUCAAAAUCCAGAUGAAUUGUCGAUAAUUGAAAAUGAACAACUAGAAGUAGUUGGUGAAGGAGAUGGUGAUGGCUGGCUGCGUGCUCGCAACUAUCGUGGAGAAGAAGGCUAUGUGCCACACAACUAUCUCGAUGUCGACAGAGAACAGGCUACUAGUGCCCCAGGUUUGGUUUCGCAAAUAUCUUUCUCAUCUGUGGAUUAUACAGUGGAAGGAGAGGAUGCUGAUGUUGUACAAUCACCUGAUCAAAUAUCGGUUAUAUCUGCUCCUGUCGCUAAGCCUGAAGAAACUAAAGUAGAACCAUCUGUUGAAGCAACUCCGAAAAUUGAACCAGAAAUAAAACCAAAACCUUUACCAACUCUUGGUUACUGUUUCUCUUUAUACGAUUAUGAUGCUGAAGCCUCUGACGAAUUGAAUUUAGAAGAGGGACAGAUUAUACGAAUCGUUUCACGAGAUGCUCAUGGUGUAGACGAUGGUUGGUGGCGUGGUGAGGCCAACGGGGUGAUUGGGAACUUCCCAUCUCUUAUAGUCGAAGAAUGUGAUGAGAACGGUGAUCCUCUUAGUGGCGUCGAAGAUUCCUGGACUCCACCUGACACAGCUCCUCCUGUGUUCGCUUCACCACCCGAAUCGCCAUCCGCGGGUUUCAACGAAGAAAUGAUCUUCAAUGAGAACAACAAUACUAAGAGUGCUGCUCCUCCUGCGAACCCGCCGCCGCCUCCACCGGCCGACAUGGGUGACUCCAUGGACAGUCAACCAGACUUCAGUUUUAAUUUAGAACUUAGUAGGAACCACCAUGAACAAUACGAUACUCAAUUUACAGCCCCACCACCCUCGGCCAUCCCACCCGUCGCCAUAUUUGUCGAUGAGGUUGUCGGUGAAAUGUUUGUGGAGGAGGAGGUGGAGGAGUUGCCACCUGCCCCAAAGCCGAAGCCUGCGCCACCACAAGUUGAAAUCACUAGUGAAGAUUGCGGGCUAGGUGUAGCGCAGAUUGUAAUAACUGCUGCGACACCCAUGAUAGAGGAACCCGAACAGCCUUUCCCACCGCCAGAGGACCAACCCAAACCGGAACCCGAAUCCCAGCACGAGCCACAACCAGAGGAGCCAGAACGUGUUGAGGACAACGAUGACGAGGAAUCAUCUCUGUCCGAGCAGACUGCCGUGUGCUUACGCGAUUCAGAAGAGGGCCACGCCGACUCUGCUCCUCACCCUGCCUCGAGUUCGACGGCAUCCGAGGGAGAGUCGACGGGGGCUUCUGUAGCUUCGGGUCCCCCCACUGCCCCACAGUCCCCACCGGAGGCUCCCCGCGCUGGUCGAGCCUCUAUACCUGACGAGCUUGAACCCGCGCAACUAGCCAGGCUAACUGACCUUAAAGAAUCAAAUGCUUAGGUCUAUCGCUUUCGACUGAACCAAUAUUAAUCUAAAUACAGCCACAAAAUUCCUCAUUCGCCUAAGAA